AGUAUAGGUUAUAAUCUUUUUGAACAACACGUGUAUUGUGUGUGUGCUUCUAUCACAAACAAUAGAUGUUUUCAUUCCAAUUAUGAUAGUAAUUGAUUCAUUUUAUGAAAUAGUUUAAUUUUUUUCGAUUUCGUUAGUGUGAAUAAUUAUAAUAUUUAAAAAUGCAUGAUAAAAGUACCAAAAACUUAACAAAAGAUGUUAAAACUAUUGGUGAAGUUGAUAAUUUAGUAGUUAAAAGGAUAGGUGGUGGAAGUAUAAUUGAUCAUCGUCCUCUUUUUUCUACUGAUGGAGAGAUAUUGUAUGUAGUGUGGAAACAAGUCAUCAGAGCUUACAGCACUAGAACAGGUGAUUUUGUAAGAGAAUUUGAACCUACAGACAAUAAAAUAGCUGGAAUAGUAUUUCAUCCUGAUAAUUCAGAUCAUAUAGUGGGAUGUACAGAAACUGGUCAUCUCGUGUAUUGGAAUUCUGAAAAUGGACUGAUAAUAAAAAAUCUAGACCUUCAAAUUCAUCCAGUCGAUAAAAUAAGGAGUUUUCAUAUAAUCCAUUACAAAAAUUAUAAAGGAAAAAACAUACGACAGACUCUUAUUUCUUUUAAUAUUAAAGCCAAUAAAACUAUUCAACUUAUUUUAUUUGAUAUUGACACUGGAGAAAACAUAAAAUCAACAUGUAUUGAACAAAUUUCACCAAAUUAUCAUAUAGACAUAAUUGGUAAUCAUGGAGAUAACUUGAUAGCCCUUGUUCAAGAUGUUGAUCUCCAUAUUUUUUCACCAGCUCGGAAUUUAUUUAAUAAAAUCCAUAAAAUUGGAUUUGGUGGCCGAAAAUUUACUUGUGUAACAGGACAUCCCGAAGAAGAAUGUGUAGCAACAGGUGAUUCAAGCGGAAGAGUUGCAGUAUGGAAAAAUUUAUUUCAUAAUCAUCCUGUGUACGGGUCUUAUCAUUGGCACACGCUGCCGGUAACAGAAAUUGCAUUCAGUAGAUCUGGUGGUCAGAUGUACACUGGUGGCAACGAGUGUGUACUUGUUAAGUGGGUUCUAGCAAAUCCUCACAAUAAAUCUUUUUUGCCGCGGCUACCAGCUCCAAUCAAAUAUUUAACAUUAGCUCCAGAUAAUCUGUACGUUGCUGUUUCUACUUUGGACAACGGCAUUAUUGUUGUUGAUCCUCAAAAGAAAUUAACAGCUGUCAUUCAGAAUUUUACUUGGGGUGUCAGCACGGCGCAAAAAGAUCUUUUUCCUGCUGGGUUAACUUUGGAUCCUCGUACAGGAUCUUUAGUUCUCAAUAGUCGUACUGGACAUGUUCAAUUUUUUGAUGUUCGAACCAAAAGUCUUCUUUAUAAUAUUCAUAUCACAGCUCAAAAUUUAUUAACACAAGUACCUAAUGCUGUCAUUGUAAAUACAGAGGUUACUAAAAUAGCAUUAAAUAAUGAUGGCUCAUGGAUGGCAACUGUUGAAGAACGAGAUGAUAAAAUAUCCAGUCCAGAAAUACGACUGAAAUAUUGGAAAUUUGAUGCCAAAAAUCAAAAAUUUACUUUAAAUACUGCAAUAGAGCUUCCUCAUGACGUUGGUGUUAAUGCGUUGGUAUUUCAACCAACUGUGACUCUUGAUGGCGAACAUCCUUUGGCUGUUACUGUGGGAAAAGAUAAAAAAUUCAAAGUGUGGAAUUUAGCUGAAACUAAUUCUAUCGAACAACCUGUUAAACAUUGGCAAUGUUAUGCAUUGGGAAUGUAUCGAGACUUACCUGCUUGUGAUGCUGGCUUUUCUAUUGAUGGUUCAAUUUUAGGAGUCAGCUUUGGUUCUAGUCUUACCAUUUGGACAGCAGAAACUAUUAAUUUGAAAAAUAGUCUGACUCAUAGUCGCUAUUCUCAAAACAUUACGCGUGUAGAAUUUGGAAAACAUGAAAUCUGUCAUCUCGUGGUUGUAGCGUCAUCAGAACAUAUUGCUGUAUGGAAUUUGUUGACGCUAAAUAUGACUUGGAGUGUACCUUUGAAAUUAUCAACCCUGACAGCAGAUCCAAAUUCUACGUACAUGGCAGCUUUUACAACAAAUAACACCCUCUUCAUUUUUACACCUCAAUCUUCAAAACCAGUUUAUAUUAGAAAAAAUAUCCUGGAUGCAGGUAGUGUUGUUUUAGCUGCAAGUUUUGUACCCAAUAUUCAAGAAAAACGGAUUUCGGAAAGCAAAAAUUGGUUGCGGAAAUCUCAAUUAUUUUUCCUGGAUUCAAAUCAAGAACUUUUGACUUUGGAACCAGAAUCUGAAACAUCAGUGUUGUUGGAAAAUUUAACUACUAGUGGAAGUUUACCGGCAACAGCAUUUAGCAGUAUGAUAUCAGUGAAGACAAUUACGAAUGUUGAGCGGAAAACCUCAUUUUUCCAUGAACAAUUUAAUGCUGCUAAAAAGAGUGUAGUUGAAGAGCUCCUUACAGUCUCAGCACACACAUUACCACCUAUGAGGAUGCUUUGUGGACCUUUUAUCUUGUCACUCAGAGCUCAGAAUGUACCGAAGGCCAAAGUUCAAGAAGAAAAGCUUUCAAGCCCAAUUAAUGAAAUUCAACAUUCUGAAGAUGACAGUGACGAUGAAGAUAAAAGUCCGCCUUUAUUCAAAAACGUUUUAGAGGAUGAAGUUCAAGAAACUAAAGAAGAUGACGAAAACGAAAUGAAUCCAAACCUUGUCAGUUAUGACUGGAACUUUUUAGCUAGUGUUAUUCCUACCAUUGAGAUUUCUUAAUGUUACUUAUUUGUUUUAUAUUGAUGUAAUAUAUUUGAUUUAAACGAUUUUUUUAGAUCAUAGUUAUUACCUGAGUAUAGUGUAAUAAUAGUUAAACAUUUUAAGAAAUUUACAGAAAGAUUUCUAAUUAAUAAUUUGAUUUCAAUGAUCAUUUGAUAAGAACCAAU